GUUGCAGUUUAGGUUAACUUCCGGUUUAAACGUCUAGCUGUUAGCAUCGUAACAGCGGCGGUCCUACGUGUGUGGUUGAUUUGUCGAAAUAAACAACCACGUUUCUCUCACUGAAAUGGAUAUACUGAAAGCUGAAAUCGCAAGAAAGAGGAAACUCAUUGAAGAUAAGCAGCUUGUUGACGACUCCAAAAAAUUCUUCAAAAGGGCUGAUCUUGCACGCAAGGAGCAAGAAGAUUACUUCAGAAGAUGUGGCUAUAAGGUUCAGAGAGAGACCACUGAGAGCCAGAUUGAUAAGAAGGAAGAGGAUGAGCCAUCCACCUCAGCUAAUCCAGUGUUAGAACUGGAGCUAACAGAAGAGAAGCUGCCAAUGACACUGUCACGACAGGAAGUAAUUCGACGGCUUAGGGAACGAGGGGAACCGAUCCGACUGUUUGGAGAGUCCGACUAUGAUGCCUUCCAGAGACUUAGGAAGAUUGAGAUUUUGACCCCAGAAGUAAACAAGGGCUUGAGGAAUGAUCUGAAAGCAGCCAUGGACAAGAUUGAUCAGCAGUACCUGAAUGAGAUUGUUGGAGGAACAGAGCCAGGAGAAGUGGACACACAGCACGACCUGAAAGUACAUGAAGAAAACACCACUAUAGAAGAACUGGAGGCUCUUGGUAAAACACUGGGCACAGGAGAUGAUGAUGGAGACCAGGAUGUUAUCGACAAGUUUUUAAGGUUUCUUCUUGGUGUUUGGGCCAAAGAUCUAAACAGUCGAGAGGACCACGUGAAGCGAAGUGUUCAGGGCAAGCUGGCCAGUGCAACCCAUUCACAAACUGAGUCUUACCUCAAACCUCUUUUCAGGAAGCUCAGAAAGAAGAGUUUACCAGCUGACAUCAAAGAGUCAAUCACAGACAUCAUUAAAUUCAUGUUGGAGAGAGAGUAUGUCAAGGCAAACGAUGCCUAUCUGCAGAUGGCCAUUGGUAAUGCUCCCUGGCCUAUCGGUGUGACAAUGGUGGGUAUCCACGCCCGUACUGGGCGAGAGAAGAUCUUCUCCAAGCAUGUGGCCCAUGUGCUCAACGACGAGACCCAGAGAAAAUACAUCCAGGGACUAAAGAGGCUAAUGACUAUCUGCCAAAAACACUUCACAACUGAUCCGUCAAAGUGCGUGGAGUACAACGCUCUGUAACUUCUAAGCUUAAGUUAUGUCAAGGCUGUCCAAAGCACCUUGAUUAUUCAAGUACGCACAUUUUACAGAAGAUAACUGUCUGAGAAAAUACACAAUCUAAGCAGAAUUUGUAAGACGUGUUGUAUACAUUCAGCUGGAAAUCACUCAACAACUCUUGAGUCUUGUCAGUCCGGAGGAAACUGAUGCAUCUGUCACGCAAAAAGAUCACGAGUCUUCAGUCCCUCUUGAGAACAUGUUUGUUUGUAGAUACUGAGUGCAAACCACUGCAGGUAAUAUUAAAUACAUAUUGCUCUGUUAAUAUUGGCCUACAUAAGUUUUUCAUACAGAUAAGAUUUAUUUUCAAGCAGUGUGUCUUGAGUCAAGGAAGAUGCAGUAGUGUAAGUUUUAUUACACUUGACCUAUAACUGAUAAUUCUUAACUCUUCUUUUGACUUGCUAAAAAUCGAUACAGUUAAAUGUGGACUUCUUCAGCAGAUAAUUGAACCAAUCAAUGUCCAUGUCUUAUCUUAAUAAGGAAAUAAAGUGUUGUUUUUUAUCACA